AGUAUUCCUACAUCACGAGGAUCACCAUAGAAAACGCGGCGCUCGAGAGAAACAACACUGCCUUGGUGUGCACUGAUCAGGCAAACCCCGAGUUCUCUGUCACAAAGGAGAUUUACGUUAAGGCCAUGAAGGCGCCGACGUGGCGGGGCGGCCAGCCGCAGCUGCAGUCCUCUACAACCACCAGCAGAUGGAGAAACUGACGCUGCAGUGCCCGGCGGACGGCGCGCCCCCUCCGAAGUUCGUGUGGUUCAAGGAUGGCAAGCAGCUGCAGCCGAGCGGGGACAACUGGCACAUCAGCGGCCAUGAGCUGCACUUCCCGUACCUGCGGGCGAGCAACACCGGCGAAUACAAAUGCGUGGCGAGGAACCGCGCCGGCGCCCUCGAGGCCGAGACCUACGUCACGGUGAACGACGACACUCUCUUCGACUCCAAGACGAUGAUCAUCAUCGUGUCCAUCUCGAUAGUCGUCAUGGUCGUGAUCAUCAUCUUCUUCUGCGUCAGGAUCUAUACGGACAGGAAACGCGCGUACACUCUCCGUCUGGAGGACCAGCGAAUGUUCGUCACGGCGCGCCCCGAGAGAACCUCAACCCGGACCUCGGCCGACCAGCAGCGACCUGGCCGUACGACACCAAGUACGAGGUUCAGGGACUUUCAUCUUCGGAAACCUGCUUCCUGCGAUUUGUCCGCGGUUCCCUCGCCGCAGCCGCGCCUCCGGGCCGCGUCCGCAGCGCAGCUCACUGAUCCGUCUCCUGCAGAUAAGGUGCUGGGCUCGGGCGCCUUCGGCCGCGUGUACCGCGCCACGGCGAUCGGCCUGCGCCCCGGCCAGGCGCGCACCACGGUGGCCGUGAAGAUGAUGAAGUCGCGCACCGACUGCGUGCAGCUGAAGGCGCUGCGCUCGGAGGUCAAGAUCAUGAUCCACAUCGGGCGCCACGUGAACAUCGUCAACCUGCUGGGCGCCUGCUCCAAGGACUUCGCCUCCAAAGGCGAGCUCCUGCUCCUCGUGGAGUACUGCAAGCACGGGAACAUCCUGGACUACAUGCGGCGGCAUCGCAAGGAGUUCGUCGACCAGAUCAACGAGAAGGACAAGAUCGACCCUUCCAUCACCGACAACGCAGCGCAGCAGCGCUCCGGCUCCAGGGUCCCGUGGCCUCAACCGCCCACCUCCCCCGACGCCGUCUCCUACAGCGUGGGCGCCGCCUCGGACGGCAGCCACUCCGCCCACGCCGUCUGGGCCGCCGGCGACCACGACCCCCACAACGGGUCCCUCGGGCGUCGCUCGUUCCGUGCCAGGACGCUCUCGGCCUCGUCGGCGACGCACCACGUGGCGUCGGACAUGAGCACGCUCUCCUACGAGAGUAGUAACGGGGCGUGCGAGGACUACGUGCCGUCCAACGGGCUGGGGGCACCGGAGGUGAUCUUCUGCUCGAAGACGCUCCUGCAGUGGGCCUACCAGAUCGCCAAGGGCAUGGAGUACCUCGCCUUCAAGAAGGUCCUGCACGGCGACCUGGCCGCCAGGAACAUCCUCUUGGCCGAAGACAACAUCGUCAAGAUCAGCGACUUCGGUUUGGCCAAAGACAUCUACAAGAACGACAAUUACCGCAAGAAGAGCAACGACCCGGUGCCGGUGAAGUGGAUGGCCUUGGAGUGCCUUCGCGACGGCGUGUUCUCGACGCAGAGCGACAUCUGGUCCUACGGCGUGGUCCUUUGGGAGAUCUUCAGCCUGGGACAGAAUCCGUACUCGGGCGUCGAGUUCGACGAGAAGUUCAUCACUAAGCUGGAGAAGGGCGUUCGCCUCGAACAGCCCAGGUUCUCCACCUACGAAAUGCACUGCGUCAUGAAUGAUUGCUGGGCAGGAAACCCCCUGGAUAGACCUUCGUUCUCGGAUCUGGAGACACGGCUCGGCGAGAUGAUCGGCGAGGCUGAGAGACAGUACUACCUGGAGCUGAACCAGCCCUACCAGGUGGACAACACCGACAGCACCUUCCUGAGCCAAAUGCAGAGCCCCGACUACUCCCUCAAGGUCCGCGAGGGCAGCCCGACCGUCGACCACCAGGGCUACGAAGUGCCCUUUAGCCCCAGCCCGUGCGGCGCCGUUCCCCUGCCCUUCGACAAGCCCCUCACCCCUCGCCACACGGCGCUUCAGAUGAGCUACCUCCAGAGUGUCCAAGGCCUUGAGGAUCCCUCUGCCAACUACAUGGCCAUGUCCACUCCGGGCCACAAGGAACAGGUCGCCUUCGACUUCGACAGUGACACGGUCAGGUGCAUAACCAAGCGCGACAGCGAGGCCCUGCAGGAGGACUACGGCUUCGGCGAGGGCGGCGUCGACGGCCACAGCGAGGUGAACUACCUGUCUAUGGACUCGUCCAAGCCCAGCUCGCCGUCGGAGGAGGAGCGCCUCCUGAAUCCCAACGUUUCCCUUCGACCGAAGAUGGUCCGACAGGCCUCGGAGAUGGAGAAGCACGACAGCGGCCUCUACAGCCCGACGGCCAUGCAGAACAACCCCAGCUACAUGAUGAUGAACAGCUUCCUGAAGACGGACGAGAACAACUACCUCAGCCGAGAGGACGCCUGCGACCUCUCGAAGGACUGCCCCGAGUACAUCAACUACUCCGGCGUCAAGAAGGUCAAGCCGCUGCCGAGGGAGUACCCGAAGGAAGGGAGCUCGGAGGUCGAGUACACCAACCUGCUCGGCGGCGACGCCCGAGGGAGGACCGUCUCGGAGGCUUCCAGCGGCCUCGGCUCCAUCUCGGAGGAGAGCCCGCCCGAGUCCAGGGGCAAUCACGUGAUCAGGGAGGCCAUCCUGGAGGAGCCGAUUGCUGCCUGAGUGCCGCAGGCCGGGAUCUCUCUCGCUCUCACCGUGUAUGUGUGUGUGUACUUGUAUAUAUAUGUAUGAAUGUGUGUGUGUGUGUGUGUGUAUAUAUAUAUAUAUAUA